AGAUAUGAUUUAUUUAUGGCUAGGUAUUUCACGUUUAGUACAGUUUCUGACGUUCAUGGAGUUAUCAAAUAUUGAAUUUAGUGUGAAAACUGUUGCUGCGGCUUUGUCCAUCAUCCAAGGUUCAGCAUGGACAAUUAUGUCUUUGAUAAGUAUCGCCUUAUUCCACUCACAACCAGUGUUCCUGAGCGGUCCAGAUUCCUAUAUGGAAUCAGUAGAACGCAACAUAUACGACACGUUCCUCUCCAAGGAUUCCAAAUUCUUGCCCACCACAACGUCAAGUCGAUCAUUUACUCCUGACGUUUUUGCUGGUUUCAUGUGGGUUUAUUUUUUUCUGGACAUCGUGUGGAUAGGUACAGCAAUUUCUAUGUUGCGGAAAAACUCUGCAAUAUCUGUGAAGAUAUGGAGUUACGUUACUCUGUUUGUGUGUUUUUGGGACUUUCUCACUUUUGUUAUACUUGGGGCGGAUUACGAUAAGUGUCUGGAAUAUAGUAAUAUGCUGCCAGAAUGGAUGGAUCGAGUACCAGUUGAAAGUCUUUGUGCUAAUAUUAUUUUACCAGUGUUCUUUAUUGCAGCGAAGGGAUUUGUUUUGUGGAUUAUUAAUAUUGUUUUAGCACUUGUUGUCCUUCGAAAUUCUAAACAAACAAUUACGUUAAAAUAAAAACUGUUUUUUUCAA